AGCCUCCGCGACGCUUGUCAUAGUCGUCUGAGGGAACGCGCGGAGCCCUGGCGGGAGAGAUGGAUACCAGUUCACACGACAAGCCUCUCUCUGAAUCCAAGGAGGGUGUACUUAAUAAUUCUGAAAAGGACUUUUUUAUCUUGGGAACUGGGCCGCUUGUGACCCCUCAGAAGCAAGUAUCGGAUGUGACUCCUAAUCUUUGCACCCCCGGUACCUUUAAGUCACCUUUGGACUUCUCCACAGUAACCGUAGAGCAGUUGGGAAUUACACCUGAAAGCUUUAUUAAGACCCCUUCAGGAAAGUCAUCAUCUUCCCUUCAGAAGGCCAGGCGCCGUUCUACUGUUGGUGUGCGGGGCUCUCCAGAAACAAAUUGCCUAAUCCGCUUCAUUGCUCAGCAGCGAAACCUAAAGAAUGCUGUGAGAUCUCCAUUGGCGUGCGAGCCAAACUUACAGGGUAGCCCAAGACUGUAUCGAAAUGCCAGUGUUUUAAGAGAGCGAAUGUCUGCUUUUCGGUCAGCUUUUCACUCCAUUCAGGAAACUGAGAAGAUGGCCGGUGGUCCCUCAGCAUCAGAGGCAGAUGGAGAGUCUAAGAUAGCAGAUUUGACCAAAAGAGAAGGUCCUGUUGAAUAUCAGCAGUCUGGGUUCCCUGUAAACUCCUCUUCAAAGCGGAGGAGAAUAUCCUCCCAGGACAGCCCCGAUGAUUAUCUCGGUGUCACCAAAACGGUUGCUGACAGAGCAUGUACUGGGGGCACCUCCACAGAUCUUGCUGAGAAGUCAUCUGACAUUGUUUCAGCCCAGCUUGGAUGUAUGGCUGCUCCACUUCCAAAGCUCAGGGAGGCUUCCCAGGGACUUGCAGUGACUCACUGUGUAGAGGGUGCGAAAUCAGUUAAUGCUGUUCCACUUGACACACCUGCAACAUCACUGAGCACAGGCUCAGCCACUGCCACCAGGUCUCCAGCGACUCCUGUAUGCGGGAGCAGCAGCCCCUCCGCAGAGACCUUUGUGCUUCGUUCUGUGUUGAAGAAACCUGGUAAGCUGUUCUCAGAGAAUGGAAAGGAAUACACCCUCUGUGAUGAUGGGGCUCAUCUGAUCCCAUAUCCUUCAGACUGUUGCAAAGAAGGAAGAGCAGGUAGAGAAAACUGUCAAACACCAGGCUGUGUGAAUCUGAGGAAGAGGAAGAGAGUUACUUUCGGAGAAGACUUAAGCCCUGAAGUGUUUGAUGAAUCUUUACCAGCCAAUACUCCACUGUGUAAAGGAGGAACACCUGUUCGUCCAAAGACCAUAAAAGUUAACAGUCCCCUGCAUUCCCCAGUUCAUGAGCAGUUCCUUCAGCCAAACUUUGAUGACAAGGAGGAGAAUCUUGAAAACAUAGAACCACCUCAGGGAUCAUUUGCAAUGCCGAGUCCUAGUAAAUCCUCAUUCUCUGAGACUCCUCCAGGCACUAACACUUGGAGUUCUUUAAAUAAAGAUGAAGAAAUAAUCUCCAGUGUUGGUAGACCUACACGGACUUCUCAUAGAAGAAAGCAGAUGCUGAGUUCUGCAGGAAAGGGUGUUUGCAACUCAGAUACCACACAAGCUGAGCCCUGUAAAGAGAAGAUGAACAGGAAGAAAACUCAAGAAAAAAAGCAUAUACACAAAGCACUUCCUAAAAAGAAACAGGUUUUAAAAAGUUACAGAAAAAAGAAAAGAAAGGGGAAAAAAGGUGUUGAGAAAUGCUUGUAUGGGCAAAGAGACAUCGCGUCCAAGAAGCCACUCCUGAGCCCUAUUCCUGAGCUGCCUGAAGUCUCUGAAGCCACACCUCUGGCUGACUGCACACAGAGAACCAGCUCAGAUGAUUUCAACAUACGUGGUGAGCUGGAAGAAGUGAACUCUUUUGAAAUUCCCACAAAAAGGAAGAGAUGCUUGCCACAGAAGGAAGAUCCACCUGAGCUGGAUCCAGCUCGUUAUCAGUCUAGUGUCUCUGGCUUGUGCUGCUACUUGCUGCCUCUCACUGCUGCUUCUGAGGGAGGGCCAAAUGCCAGUAGCAGAGACACAGGAAACAAAGAGAAUGCCAGAGCAGACAGUGAGUGUCGGAGUACAAAGGAGCCAAACACCAAGCCCAAGACCAAAAGCAGUCUUGUGCCUUGUGCUUCCGUGACCCAAGGUCACAUCAUGUCCACUAGUCCAAAGUCUCUGGGCAGCCCUCAGAGCCAGAACUUUUUCAAGGCUGGUCAAAAUUUGGAGAAUCCUUGUGAGAUCCUUACAAUGGUUUCAGAGAGUAUGAAUAGAAAGUGUGAGAAAGAGAGUGAAUGCCUAGCUCCACAGGGGAAUCUGCAGGCCAGCCCUUUCUCAACUGACUCAAAAAGAGAACGUAACUGUUCAGAAGAUGUCCUCAUUGAAAAUAUAAAAGAACCCUCAAGCCACAGGGAGAAUGCCGGAAGGAAAUGUGCAGACAACUGCAGCAUUGCCAGCGGGAGAGAGAGGAAAUGGAGAAGAUACACUAUGUGUUGUGUGGGUCAGAGUUCAUACCUGGAACAAAACAGGAACCCUGCAUCUUCCUGCAGUGGGAAAAACUCUGUAGAAAUUAGUUUAGAAAAUCCCCAGCUGAUUGAAGAGCUGUCUGACACCUUAGAGCAAAGCUUUCAGAGAACAGGCAGUAAAACCAAAGUGAGACGCAGCACUAGGCUCCAGAAAGACUCGGGAAAUACAGGGCUUGUAUGGCUGACUCCAAGUCCUCCCACUUUCCAGAAACCCAAAAGGAGAAUGACAAUUUGUACCUCAGACAGCAGGGGAUUUGAAAGUAUAUCCUCCAAAGAAGAGACUGUAUCCUCAGAGCAAAACCCAGGUUCCCUGCCCUCUAUCUCAGGCAGUGAGAGCCAGGGUAUUGGCUCUUCUGAGCUACCUAGGAAGAGGAGAAGCUUUUGCGGGUCUACCCUCACAGAUGCUAACAGUACCACCCAGCCACCACACUUGAAGAGAAACCCCUUUCUCAAGAAGGGAGAAAGCUCUCAGCUGCCCUGAGGGGCUGGAUCCAGGAGAACAAAGACAGGAAUGCAUAAUCCCACCUGUCACUGGCUUUUAAGAAAAGGGACCCAGCUUCCUGUCUGCUUUUUCAUCCCUAUUCAAACUUCAGUGCAUUGCACAUUUCUAAUAAAAAUCAUUUGAGUUAUGAUGA